CACUAAUUUGCCACAUCCGGGCCGCCCUCGAGGAAUUGUUGGUGGAACAAAACAGUCUCGCCUUCCUUCCGGGCACUCACGGGCCGUUGAGGCUUUCGUCCAACACAAACGACCAUUUAAGAGCAGCCACUGCUCACGUCUACUUGUACUGCCCAUCGCAUUCACUUGACAAAGAGGCGCAAACAUCUAGACACGUUCCUAGGUAUCCAGCUCAUUCACAGAUUGGAACACUGUAACAAACACUCAUUUUUUACGUCAUGGCAUCCGAUCCCAUGUCAGUAAACAGUUCAGCAAGGGAGCCACCUGCGCCUCCGGGAUCAGGGGCAGACGAGCCCAAGUAUGGAGGAUAUACACGGUUCGAACUCGAACUGGAGUUUGUUCAAGCACUUGGCAACCCGCUGUACCUGAACCAUCUUGCGUCCAGGAAGCUACUCAGCAAUCCUGCUUUCAUCGCCUACCUCGACUAUCUCCAGUACUGGAGCCGCCCACCUUACCUCAAGUAUAUCACCUACCCUGGGCCUACCUUGAAGAACCUGGAGUUGCUGCAGCAGGAAAAGUUCAGGCAGGACAUCAUCAGCCCAGACCUGGUCGAGCGUCUCAGGCUAGAGGGCAUGAAGGCCGGAAUCGACUGGCAUCGAGAGAGUUUUCCAAGCACGGCAUAAGUUGCACGGGUAGAAUGAUGCCAGGGAUGGAAACGAGUGGGAAGUAGCCUCUGGCAGGCCAGUACCGCACAAGUUGAUUCUGAUGAAGAAUACCUCACAUGCAACUACACAAAAACAAAAGAAAAACCCAACGCCAAGCAAUGCCCCCAAUACCAUGUAUUGAUGAUCCGACCAGACCUGUGCUGAACAUGUCUUCUUCCUCUAGUUGUUGUCUCUCCACCUGUGCCCGCAAGUCAUACACUACGAGACAUGUUAGCUUCUUACUUUAUCCCAUCAGUCUGCAAUCCCCUUCUUACCUUGUA